CUGUCUCUACACAUGUCUGUCUGUCUGUCUCUACACAUGUCUGUCCUUCCAGGUGUGUGUCAGUGACUCAGCUGUUAUUUUCCCCGUUGAGGAGGAAUGUUGUUUGACCUGUCGUCUCACUUCCUGUUUCAUCCUGUUUGCUUCCUGUGUUUAGUCAAAGAAAUGAACUCUGGUGUUUGUGUCUCUGUUUCAUUACAACGGGAAGCUAACGGGAAGCUAACGGGAAGCUAACACUUCCAGCAGGAUGAUGGCGGAGGCUCCAGAUCUGUUCUCAGAGCAGGAACUCACCUGUUCCAUCUGUCUGGACCUGUUCGAUGAACCGGUCUCUACUCCGUGUGGACACAACUACUGUCAGGCGUGUAUCGGAGGUUACUGGGCCUCCAGUCCCGUCUGUACGUGUCCUCUCUGCAAACGACAGUUUGAAGAACGUCCCCGUCUCAGCGUCAACAAAGUCUUCGCUCUCAUCGCUGAUAAAUACAAAGAGUCCCGUUACGGUGCCACUGGGUUACCCUCGGCCGCCAGGAACGGCACGGCGGCGACUGAUGUCACGGCGCCUGGUGACCUGGUGACCUCGUCGGGUGAGGAGGUGGUGUGGUGUGACGUCUGUACGGGGGUCAAACGGCCCGCCGUCAGCUCCUGUCUCACCUGCACCGCCUCCUACUGCUCUCAACACCUGGAGCCGCACCAGACCACGGCCUUCUACUCCAAACACCCGCUCAUGGACCCCCAGGAGGCCCUCAGGGGCCGCACCUGCCGCGCCCACCGCCGCCUGCUGGAGGUUUACUGUCGGACGUGUCAGCGCUGCAUCUGUGCCAUCUGUGUCCUGGAGGAGCAUCGAACUCACCAAACAGUCUCAGUCCAGACGGAGAGACUCGGCAAACAGAAACAGGUGGCGAGGACGGAGCAGGAGAUCCUGAACCGGAUCAGAGAGAAGGAGAUCCAUGUGACUCAGCUGAAGAGGAAACUGGAGGGAGUGAAGAACUACGCAGACGGAGAGCGAGGAGAGGUGGAACACCUCCUGGACCAGGUGACCGGCUCCUUGGACAGGAUCCGGUCUCAGGUUGUGGGCGGGAUUGAGAACCAGCUGGACAGCGUGAUGUCGAAGGGGGAGGGGCUAGUGAGUCGUCUGGAGGCGGAGCUCGGCGAGCUGAUGGACCGGAGAGCCACGUUGGAGGUCCAGGCUGUCAGUCAGGACCACAUCUGCUUCCUGCAGAGCUUUGAGGAGGCCACAGCUCCUCUGGCUGAGGAGCAGCAGGAAGAGGAGGACGAGGAGUUCUCGCUCCACUUCCCGCUGGUGGAGGUGAAGAGCUCUCUGUCUGAGCUGAAGGACAAGAUGGACGACAUCAGGAUGGGGGAGGUCGUCUCCAGAGGGUCGGGGGAGGUCUCCAGAGGGUUAG